UAGGGACAGCAAAAGGACUAGCCUAUUUGCAUGAAGGAUUAGAACCCAAAGUUGUGCACCGUGAUGUAAAAUCGAGUAACAUUCUUCUGGACAAGAAGUGGAACGCAAAAGUGUCAGAUUUUGGACUGGCAAAGUUGUUAGGGUCUGAAUCAAGCUAUGUGACUACACGAGUGAUGGGGACAUUUGGUUAUGUCUCUCCUGAAUAUGCUAGCACUGGUAUGCUUAAUGAGGGAAGUGAUGUCUAUAGUUUUGGAGUCCUGCUUAUGGAGAUGAUUACAGGCAGAAGCCCAAUUGAUUAUUCUAGACCAGCUGGAGAGAUGAACUUGGUUGAGUGGUUUAAAGGCAUGGUUGCAAGCCGUCGUGGAGAAGAGCUUGUGGACCCAUUGAUCGAAGUUCAGCCCUCUCCUAGAGCUUUGAAACGAGCAUUGCUUGUUUGUCUCCGCUGUAUUGAUUUGGAUGCCCAUAAACGGCCAAAGAUGGGCCAGAUAAUUCAUAUGCUUGAGGCAGAUGACUUUCCUUUUCGUUCUGAACACCGACCAACUCGAGAAAGAGAUCCAGUGCCUUCCUCUGGAGCCACAUCCUUUGAAGUUUCAUACCCAACAAAGCAAGGUGGGGGUGGCAACAUAGAGAAACCAAGAUGGAGAUAGUUACCUACUCUUUGUCAAAGGCCUUUACAGUUUCUGAGGUCAGAUCAUGUUGUAGAAUAAGAUUCCCCCUUAGCAUACGUAAGCUACAAGUCUGGAACGUGCAUACAUACAUAUAUAUAUAUCUCUUGACCUUCCUUCCACACCCUUGUUGAUACUUUGCAGCAUCCUAGAUUUAUAUGAGCCCUGUAAAUAUGUACGUGUAUUCCAAUAUUGAAGUAUAUCAAUCUUCUUGGUUUAUGCAUUGUUUGUUUCAUUUUAACCUUGGCAAAGCAGCCUGGUUUAAUUAGACUGUUCUCUCCUCUGAUCAAAAGUUCGGUCUUCAGGCAUUACACUUGGUCUUGAUCUGCUUUCGAGAGAAACUACAGAUUCAGAAACCAGAAUUUCUGGAGAGCGAGAGGGAGAGGGAGGGGGAGCUCGUUGUUAUGGAGGCGAAGUUGAUAGAGAGGCUGGAGAAGGCGGUAGCGCGGCUGGAGGGGCUAUCGGCGGGGGGAGUCUCGAGGGAAUUUCCCUGUGAUAGUGGUGGUGAAGCGGUCACGGACCCGUCGAUUUUGGCAUUUGAUGACUUCAUGUCUCAGUACGUUGCUAGGGUUUCAGCUGCCGCAGAGAAGAUUGGAGGACAGGUGCUGGAUGUGACUAAGAUUCUUUCCGAAGCGUUCUCUGUGCAAAGAGAGCUUCUAAUUAAGAUCAAGCAAACUCAGAAACCAGACAUGGCAGGCUUGGCUGAAUUCCUUAAACCAUUGAAUGAGGUGAUUAUGAAAGCUAGUAGUAUGACAGAAGGAAGGCGGUCUGACUUUUUCAACCACUUGAAGACUGCUGCAGACAGUCUGACAGCUCUAGCUUGGAUUGCAUAUGCUGGCAAAGAUUGUGGCAUGAGCAUGCCCAUUGCACAUGUUGAAGAAAGUUGGCAAAUGGCUGAAUUUUACAACAACAAGGUUCUUGUAGGGUACAGAAACAAAGAUCCAAAUCAUGUUGAGUGGGCAAAAGCUUUGAAGGAGCUAUAUUUGCCUGGUUUGCGGGAUUAUGUCAAAAGCCAUUACCCUCUGGGUCCAGUAUGGAAUGCUUCUGGCAAAAAGGUAUCUCCUGCUCCACCAAAAGCUCCAAGAUCAGGUGCACCUGCUCCUCCACCUCCUCCACCAGCCUCCCUCUUCAGUUCAGAAUCUUCUCAGCCUUCGUCAUCGAAGCCAAAGGAUGGCAUGGCUGCUGUUUUCCAAGAAAUAAGUGCAGGGAACAUUACUUCAGGUCUUAGGAGGGUGACAGCUGAUAUGAAGACAAAGAACUGGACAGACAGAACUGGUGUUGUUGCUGCAAGUGAAAAGGAAACUGGUGCUAGAUCAUCUCCUUCUUUUUCCAAAACAGGUCCACCAAAACUAGAGCUUCAGAUGGGUCGUAAGUGGGUUGUUGAGAACCAAAUUGGAAAAAAGGAUUUGGUUAUAAAUGACUGUGAUGCAAAGCAGACAGUAUAUAUUUAUGGGUGCAAAGAUUCUGUUUUGCAGAUUCAAGGGAAAGUAAACAAUAUAACUGUGGACAAGUGCACUAAGGUGGGAGUUGUAUUUAAGGAUCUUGUGGCUGCUUGUGAAGUAGUAAAUUGCCAUUCUGUUGAGGUGCAAUGCCAGGGUUCAGCUCCAACAAUCUCAGUGGACAACACAUCUGGCUGUCAAUUAUAUUUAAGCAAAGAAUCUUUAGGGGCAUCUAUAACAACUGCAAAGGCAAGCGAGAUUAAUAUUUUAGUUCCUGGUACUGGGCCUGAUGGUGAUUGGAUCGAGCAUGCAUUGCCACAACAGUUUGUUAAUGUGUUCAAGGGUGGGCGUUUUGAAACUACUCCAGUCUCCCACUCAGGAGGGUAACUGAGGUUGUUCUAAUAAAAAGUUUAGCUUCCUACUCUCAUUCAUUUAUUAUUUCACUUGGACAGUUGCAGGGUGAUUUUGAUUUCUUUUGUACCCUCUAUUCAAUUGCUGUCUGUACGUGUCUGUGAGGCAUUUGUCAUAUGUAUGCUAUGAUCGGGUCUAUUCCUACAGAUUACCACAGUCCAAACAUCCUUUGUUUUUUCAUCAUGUUUGUUGCUAGAUGAGUGAUUUUAUUGUGAGCUUUUUAUUGUCCCCAUCUGCUUGUAACCAGAACCUAAUUUUGUAAUGAUUUGCAUGGAAAAUUUGCUUUCCAAACUGUUGUUACAUAUCUCAUUUUUCCUCCAUUCUGGAUAGAUUCUGGUUAAAUCUGAGGCUUACACAAUCCCAGAUUCAAAUGGUGAUUCCUCUCAUAAAUAUUCUUCUGAUUU